UUUCAUUCGAUUCUAUCUACAUUCAGCAGUGAAAGAGAACAUAUGCCAGAGUUCGUCAAACUUCAAGCGGGGAAACAGGCGGACGGCAGUGUAGAUAUCCUCUUCUAUUUGACGCUGAGCCUCGGCGUGGCCGCCAUGAUAAACAUCGGCUUUGUGAUCAUCGAACAGAGGCGAGCACGGAGACGUGAAUGGAUGGAUCGGGCCGAGAAGGAGCGCAAGCAGGGGUGUGAAGAAGAGCAAAUCCAACAAUGGUAUCUCGAAGAGGUCUACAAGGAGAUAGCGCGCAAAAAUCAACAGAAACUCCGCGAGAAACAGAACAAACAACUUGAUGCCAUCAAGAACCCAUUGCUUGCCCUCCAUAACCUCAAGGCUCUCAAUCUGGGAGAUAAACGCGAGCCUGAGAAUAACACAAUUACAAAAGACGAGAAGAUGACGAAGAUAAGCCAGAAGCACGCCGCAAAAUCGAAAGAUGAGUCGACGCAAUCGAGCAGCAAGACCCUGACGAAGAAGAGCACGGUGACGAAAGGAAGUGCUCGCUUAAAGAAGAUGGCGUCUAUGCAAUCUGUGCUUUCAACGAUCCGCACCGCGCCGACGAUGGCGGUUGAAGUAACUCAAGAGAUGCCAGAGGCGAGCAACAAUGAC